AUGUCAGGUUUGUCCGCUGCACCCCGUCUAUCGACCACGGACACAAUAUAUCUGCUUCAUCACGUCUUCCUGCCCCCCAAACUGCCACAGGAAGAUGAUUAUAACGCUUCACAUGAAAGUGCUCUGCUCGAUGGCGUUAUUAAUGCCCUCGCUCUGUUUCAGGAAUAUAGUCAUGGGCAGGAAAGUGAAGUUGUUGACAGUGUCAAAGUGAUGCUCACUCGUUUGAGAGCGACGCGCGAUUGUCAUGGGGACGUGAAUCACGUCGAGCUUCGAAAGGCUCUAGAAAAAUUGGAGAAUUCAGGAGGUGCUCUACCUGUGCAUGUUCGUUGCCAGAAUGCUGCGGUCUUAAUGACCAGGCACAGCGAUUCAAUACAUGUCGAGACGUUUGAACUAUCACCUCGGAACGAAGCCGUCAACACUACGGUGGGUCGACUCCAACGCCAAUUUCCUGGGCCAACCUUUGCUUUGGAUCGAGCCGUCUUCAAUGAACCAAAUAUGCAAACUACCAUUGCGCACGCCCUGGAGAGCAUGAGUCGUCAGCCUGCCCCGGGAACCAAGCCAAAAGUGAAGAAGGCGCGGCAGGAGCACGACGAGAAUCGGGAUACAACCGAUCCGAUGCUGGUUACGGAGUUGUUCACAACAUUCCUUCGCCCACAAUGCAGAAUUGUGAACAGCUUGCAGGUCUGUAAGAACACAAGGGAAGAGGUCCUGUGGCUCAACAGUCUGCAACCUUGGAGACGGUCCGCCCUCUGGCUCCAGAUUCGAGUUACGAUGCAAUUGGUCAUUCGGAGGCUCUUCCAGCGCAAAGAAAUCUCAGCUGACCUUUAUAAAGAAUUCAUGAUCUUUUACAUGAGUUCCAUUCUCCGCCGCUGUCCCAGUAGCAUAAGCAGUGAGCACCGGUAUAUCAUGACUUCCAAAAUCGUGCGCCGGUUACGAAAGCUUGAUCUGGCGGAUGAUCAUGCUUGGCUUCCGUUUGUCCAGUGUUCCCUUCAACAAGCGAAUGACGUCCUAGAAGAAAGAUGGAGCAGCAUCCUCGCCCGUAACGCCUGCCGACCUGACAUGUCUUCCAUGGCUCGACUCAACUUUCAAGAUGACACUAAUUGCUCACUGCCCGGUCUUGAUGAGUGGCUUCAGAGCAUCAGAACCGGCCAAGACUCCUCAGUGCCGCCAGAUGCCUACCCACAGUCUGGAUUCUUGGAUUUUGAGCCUGCAGAGCUCCCAUCGCUCUUCCGACUGACUGACCCCGACUAUCACGUCUACAAUCUCGCUGCCUUCGAAGCUUGGGUUGACUUGAAUCUUCAAUCCUGGACUGAGACACAUAUUAGCCAUGAAGACACCUGCGAACGACUAAGCAGAUUAGUCAAUGCCUAUUAUAGUAUUGCAUCCAAAUUGUACGCUGCUAAUCCUGAGGCAUUGUCAGCCAUGCUUCUCACCAUUCUGGAGCUCUGGAUAGCUUGCGACAAAUCCGCCGUCCAUAUUCAUCCGCUGCUUCGCCAGUACAAGACUUGUAUUCCGAUACAUCUCUUCCAGUCUCUCCUGUUACCUCGUCAAUCCCAGCUUACCAGGUUGGCACACGCGGAAAGGUACAUGCGUCAACGCCACCAGGGCGUCCAGUACAGAGGUUCCAAAAUUCUAACCGACUUUGGAGCCCCUUCCUCCUUUUCCGUGCGCUACUUCAAGCAGUCCGCUGAACACCAACGUUUGCUUGCCAAUAUUGAACAAAGAGCUGAAUCCGAGAAGGCGGACAAAGUUGUGGAGCUGCACCGAAAACAUGAGCAGUAUAGGGAGUUAUGUGCUCGCCGUGAUGAGAUUGAAUGCACUUACUACGAUGAGAGACUCCACAACCGGUUCCACUUUACAGAGCGUCGUCAUAGCCCCUCCUGCCAGAGAUGUAGGUUGGACCGUGCUGCGAAAGAGAUCACAAUUCAUUUGAAACUGCCCCGAUCAUUUGCAUUCUGGCGUGAUCUCACUGCCUUCAUUGUGCUUGAAAUUUUUGGAAUCACAUAUGCUUCGAAAGAAACGCCUAGAGCGGACUACCGACCAGGCAGCUACAGUGGCCUCUCCAUGUUCUUCACCGCGGUCGUUGAUUCCCCAAGGAUUGGCCUUCUUUCCCAAGUUAAACCACACCAAGGAACUCACAGGCGAAAGAACCACAUUAUCAAUGUAUCAGAGAGCGACGUUUGUCUUGCGAACGGUUUGCAUUUCAAAUACUUCGACAAUGCCCACCGCUGCUUCACUGACGAUCUGGUCCAAACACAUGCGAUGGCAACGGCAUGCACGUACAAGUUACCGCCAUCCAGCUCAUCUCUACAGCCGUUUCUCUUCCGCCCAGCGGAGACACCUGACGGCCCGUCACCCAAUACGGUCAUUGCAUCGCAGCAUACCUGCCCCAAUGACAUGACACUGGGAGAGUAUAAGGCGCUCUGCUCGAUGCCAUUGGGCUUCCAUAUCCAGUGGCAGAACAUCCUUCGGCAGCUCGCCGCACCUACGGUGGUGUUCAAUAAGGUCGAAACGUGCCUUUUUACCCUGCAGAUCAUGCACCAGGCAGGGCCGCCAUCGCUCAUGGAUCCAAUCCUGCGCGAAGGCCAUCAUGUUCUGAACGAAGAUUUGUUCGCAGCGCCUUUACUGCGAGAGAUCCAGAAGACAGCGGCGGCAAUCGAACAAAACUGGCAAUCCGCAGAGGGGCUGAGCGUAUUGAUCGCUCUCACCCAGAAGGUGUUGGCCUGCUCCCCAUCGGUCCACAUUCAGAACGAAUGCAUAGAGCAGCUGGAUGGCCUCCGGAAGAUAUCUUUCGGUUGGGUGAUGACUGUUGGGGAGGAGGCCGGUGCUACGGACAGCAAUGAUCACAGGAACGAUCUGAUUGCCUCCGCCGCUUAUCUCGCGUUGAUGUGCGUGGGCACGUUUGAUUGCGAGAACAGCCACUUGGAUAUGGUCAUUCAUGACCGAAAAGGCCUUCUAAACAGGGUAUCCAGCUGUUUACUGCCAAUUCUCUACUAUCGAUGGCAGAACAUAGCCUUUCGGGGACACCGCAUUCUCGUGAACAACACUAUCCAUGGCCGCAGGACCGCUCUCGACCGAGCGAUCCAGCGGACUUGGGCCGCGUACCGACCAGGAUCACCGUGGACAGCAGCCUCGAGUGGCACUCAAUGUUGCCUGCACGCCCAGGUUAUGGGUGAAUCAGGUGGUGCCAGCGGCGUCGGGGUGUACGUUAACCUUCUCACUGGUCAGCUGCUCAUCAAUGGUCGUCCCCUGGCGCGGUUGCCCUCAGAGUUCGAGCGCCAUAAAACAUAUCAAUCCCUGUUUGGGCAUUCCUUAGUGGAAGUGAUGCCCAGCGACCUUUCUGGCUUGGAAUACUCCGCCCAGAGACUGCAUAUGGGCCAGACGAUCUACCUGGGAAAACAGACGAUCCCCGAGCAGAGUGGGUUCGAUCUACGCAUUCGAGCCGUGGAUGGGCGUAGAGUAUGGGAAUUCGUACCCCCGAGGCUUCUCGCGGCUGCUUUACCAGAUGCCUUCAUUGAGGGAUACGCCCAUUGGUACGAGACCAAUUGCGAGUAUAUCGAGUUUCGUCCUAUUAACGAGCCAUGGAAGCCAUCACCUGCCUCUCACUGGCGAUUGCAGCGCACCCAGCCGGGAAAUAACUGGCAGCUCACUCAGGGAAAUAUGUCGUUAAUUAGUAUGGGAAGCGAGACAGCGAGAACAUUGUGUGAUGUCUUCCAACCCAUCGAAAAGGCCUCCAAGCUUCACUACAAACUGCACCACGAAUCUGGCAUGCUGGAGAUCGAGAUUCCCCGCCUGCGGCUGAGCUUUAAUCUGCGAUCUGGCACUCUGAUUGGCCUGCGUAACAAGCUCGUUUUGCUGGACCGAAAACCUCAUAAUCGGAGGGUUCUCAUCCCGGAAGGUCAGAUAACAUGGGAGCAAGACGGUACCCACGUCACCGUCAAGGUUGGUUGGCAGGCAGCAACCAGCGUGCAUAUUUAUCUCAUAAACAGUGACAUCGGCUGCUUGACAGACAAUGGGACUCUGCAGAGUAAACUGGUACUGUGCUAUCUGCAUGCAGUCACGUCAUUCUGCAUCCCUGACCCCUUGGCCAAGCACACAGGGACCGAACAGUCUCUCUCUAUCCUUCGCUCGGCAUCGAUACGGUCGCGUGUUAUGCAAAGUGUUCAAUGGGAUCCCAUCCUAGGUUGUUUGGCUCAACAUAACGAAUUCCACGGCCAGGUAGCUGCGAUACUUGAUCAACACCAUCGGAUGAGAAUAUUCAAUGCGGCUUCACCGGGGACGGAGCCAUCCCUACCUGCAUUGAAUGCAGACCUCCUGCAGCGGGAUCGCAUUCGCUCCUCGGUCUUCCGGAUCUCUGGUUUCGGCGCUGAGGACCACACGGAUGCGGAGGACUGUCUGUAUGAAGGACUGGGCCGGAAUUACCAGUCCGAACGCUGUUCGCAAGUGUUCACUCUCUGCAGAAUUCUCUACGAAGAUAUCCCCUCUGUCGAGGACCACAGUACGCGGAUCAAGUACGAUGCGAUGUGGCUCACGGAGUCCGGCGAGUUUGUUUCCAGUCACUGGUGCAGUAUCCAUUGGCUUCUCUGCUCGGAGACGGCUCGGCCAAACAGAUAUGCGGUAAUGCUGUGGUUGUCGACGUUGGCAUUCUCCAGGAAGAUAGACAUGAUUGUCUUGCACGUUCUUGCUGCGCUGUACAUUGUACCCGGUAUGGCCUCGAUGACCUUACCAGCACAGGGUUUAUACCGGCUGCAAGAAGGUUCCGGGUUGAACGUCGCCGAACUGAAGGCUCGGAUCCAAUCAACAAGCCGGAGCGUGACCCCCGAAGAUGGCCUCUCGCCCGGCCCAGCGGAAUCGUAUAGCACGUUUCAUGCGCGCGUGGCGAAGCUGAGAAAGACAAAGCGGAAAAAGGCACUGGGUCAUUUCAUAGCCGGCCUACAGACACAGUGGCCGACCCGAUGCCCCUCACGUCCCAUAUCUGAUGAAGAGCCGCCAUUCGCAGAUUAUUUUGUCCCACAAAAAGCGAUGCAAGUUUUAAAGGCAGCAAUGUCAACUUGGUUCGAUAACCGAGAGCUUAGGCAGUAUCUUGAUAGGAUUGCAGCCGUUUACACCGCCCAAAAGAUCCAUCCCAUCACAAUGCCACCAUGUCUCUGCCGGUGCUGGGAACGCCCCCCAGACCGACGGCGUGCUUUCAUCUCCGUGGAUGACAUAGUGGACGGGUCGCUUGGUCCACCACCGGCGGUGGAAAUGGAACCACCCACCCUACCACCUUGGUCGGGCAGUAGCACUACUCCGGACCAAAAUCUAAAUUUGUCAAGCUUAGUCGAUUCCAUAGAAUCACAAGCGCGAUCUCAAUUCCAAAAGCAGUACAUUGAGAGACUGCGGGCCAGUAUGGCAUCCUUGCAGGGUAUCCAGCAUAUGGAUCAUCGCUUGCCGAGGACGACCCGUGCAAUCAUGUCGAGGAUGAUGCUUUCCAAUACGAUGACAGGAGAGAUACAUCCCGGAUCACACACGGAGCGCAAUAUACUGGGAACAUUUGCCAAUAUCCACGUCUGGCCGAGGGUAUCAUCAUCACAGCUUCUUCUCCAUCAGCUGACACGCAAACGCUGGAAUCACCUGCCUGAGCCCUGGAAGGAAUGCUUGGUCGCGUAUGGAUGUUCCAUCACGGCACUCCAGCGGGCGAAGAGGCUCGUCAACGCGAUGGGUCAUCGUAUGGAUCUAGCCCGCGAACUGCAGAACCCCGGUCACACGAACUGGAACACAAUGGAUUUCCCCGAGUCAUUGCUGCUAGAGAUCGAGAGUGGGGUGUUGAUUCGGGACGUCCAGGAACAGAUCGCGCGACGAAAUGCGCAGCCCGGACAGAAUGUCAUCAUGCAACUGAAUAUGGGCGAGGGCAAGUCUUCCGUCAUCGUCCCCAUCGUGGCAGCCGCGCUCGCAGACCGUUCAUGCCUAGUUCGCAUCAUUGUCCCUAAGCCCCAGUCGCGUCAGAUGUUUCAGAUGCUCGUUUCGAAGCUGGGGGGCCUUUUAGGGCGGCGGGUGUAUCAUCUCCCCGUGUCACGCUCGUUGCAGAUCGGGGAACCGGAGGCGGAAGAGAUCGAAUGGAUAUGCCACGACUGCAUGGCGGAGGGCGGACUGAUGUGUCUCGAGUGCUUUAUCACAGGGAGAGAGGCGGUUGGUGUAUGUCUUCUGCGAAUUCUGGAUUUCUUCAGGACCUCCUCGCGAGACGUGGUGGAUGAAAGCGAUGAGAACUUCAGUGUGAAGUUCGAGCUGAUCUACACGAUGGGGACCCAGCGUCCGUUGGAGCUCAGUCCACAGAGGUGGACUUUAAUCCAAGAGAUGCUCGGCCUGGUGAGGAAGUAUGCUCCAGUUAUCAAAAUGCAGUUCCCGCGGUCAAUUGAGGUGGAGGAGCCGCAUCCAGGAUAUUUCCCCAGGAUACGGUUGCUCCGAGCGGAUGCCGUCCAUCAGCUGUUUGAACGGAUUGCGGAUCAUAUUUUCCAUAACGGUAUUGACAAACUGCCAAUUUCAAGGCAGCCAGAAGCACAACGACGCGCGGCGAUCGCUUAUUGCCUUAACCCUGACCCGUUACCACUGCAGAUUGCUGCAGUUGAAACCCCAGAUGCGUCUGGCUUAGGGAACGACAGCACGAGGGAUCCUCUGCUACUACUCCGGGGUCUGCUGGCUGGCAACGUUCUGGCAUUCUGCCUGGGACAAAGACGCUGGCGAGUCAACUAUGGACUUGAUCGCUGCCGACAACCCCCCACAAGGCUGGCAGUUCCGUAUCGUGCCAAGGAUAAUCCGGCACCACGGGCGGAAUUCAGUCAUCCCGAUGUUGUCAUUGUACUGACGUGCCUGAGCUAUUACUAUGAGGGACUCCGCGACGAGGACCUAUUUCGAGCAUUCGACCAUCUGGUCGGAUCGGAUCAAGCUGACUCGGAGUAUCAAAUAUGGGUCGAUGAUGCCCCGACUCUCCCCCCGGCCUAUCGUCAAUUGCUGGGCGUUAAUCUCCAGGACCGGCUCCAUUGCGUGGAAUGCAUUUUCCCCUGUCUUCGGUUCGCGAAGGGAGCCAUCGAUUACUUCCUGGCUCAUAUUAUUUUCACCAAAGGCCUAAGGGAGUUUCCGAGUAAAUUAUCUUCGUCCGGAUGGGAUAUCGGUGAGGUCAAGUGCCAUCCCACCGUCGGCUUUAGCGGGACCAACGAUUCCCGUGUCACCCUUCCGCUCAGUGUGGAGCAGCUGGAUCUACCUGACCAGAACCACACCAAUGCGUUAGUUCUCGAAUAUCUUCUCCGACCCGAGACUGGCAUUGCCCUGAUUCCGACCCGAGAUGACCUGUCCAGUCAGAUGCGCAGGUCCUUCUGGAUAUGGUGGCGGAACUGGGUUCACCCGUACGCGUGA